CGACACACUCAGAGUAUUUAAGCCUCGUCUCUGGUGUGUUUUCGAUCAGUUGGACUUUGCUGCAUCUCAGCAUGGAGAUCUACGUCAGGCAUGUGGAGAUGCUGGGCUUCGAGAAACGCUUCUUCCCGAGUCAGCACUAUGUGUACAUGCUGAUGGUGAAAUGGAGCGACCUCGCAGAGAAACUCAUCUACAGGACGUAUCCUGAGAUUCACACUUUCCACAAAUCGCUGAAGGAGAUGUUUCCCAUCGAGGCCGGUCAAAUAGAAAGGAAGGACAGAAUCAUCCCUUCAUUACCAGCUCCGAAGUGGGUGGACAGCCAGAAGUCGAGAGAAACCAGGAAGACCACGCUGGCUGAGUACUGCCACUCAUUGGUCAACCUGCCGCCUCACAUCUCCCGCUGCAAACUCCUCUGCAACUUCUUCAAGGUCCGACCGGAGGACGAGAACCCGCCGGCACCGAACACGCUAAAAAGAAAUGAGACGUUUGUGGUGUCCAGGGAGCUGAACAGAGGCGUCGCAUCGGAGAUAUCCGGCCCCAUCAUCCUGGACACCUACAGAGUGGUCGCAGACUUUGAAAAGACAUCCAAACACGAGAUCAACCUGCACACUGGCGACCUGGUGGAGAUUGUGGAGAAAAAUCAGAACGGCUGGUGGUUCUGCCAGCUCGAGUCCAAACGAGGCUGGAUUCCUGCGUCCUACCUGGAGCCUCUGGACGGACCGGAGGAGGCCGAGGAGGCCGAGCCCAACUACGAAGGUGAGCUGCACGUCACCGUCCAAGCCUACCAGGCUGAGCAGGAGGAUGAGAUUUCUCUGGAGCUCGGUGAAACUGUGGAGGUCAUUCACAAGCUGCUGGACGGCUGGUGGGUUGUCAGGAAAGGGGAGGAGACGGGUCAUUUCCCCUCCAUGUUCCUGCAGAAGGGGGGCAAAAGAGAGAAAUAUGACACCGAGAGGAUGAACCUGAGGGGACAGAAGCCACCACCUCGCAGGUCCACCAUCAGAAACGCCAAGAGCAUCCACAGCAAGGCUCGCCAGCGUCUCAGCCAGGACGCCUACCGACGGAACAGCCGCCGAUACCUGCAGCACAAAGCCGGACGCCUCGCCGAGCCACUCAGGAACUCCAAGAACUCUGGGAAGUCGCCGCUGAGGGAGAGGAAGAACCAAGAUAACAUCCCCGAGCAGUCCGGCUCCAGCUCUGAGGGCGAGCUGAAGAAGGAGGCUCCGGUCGUCCCUCCACGGCCGAGUCCGGAGCUCAUCCUGGAGCGCUGCACCGACAAAACCCGCAAGAAAGUCAGCAUCCACAAGUCAAGCUCCAACUCCAUCAGCUCCACCAGCUAGCAGCUUCACAUCACCGUCAGACAGCAUUUUUAGGAGCUUUUCUCCAAGCAGGAAGGCAGCUCAGUUACAAAAUGUAGUGAUGUUUAGAGCAUAUUAUUCUCCUGUUUCGAAACAAAACCCCCUCAAAUAUGAAAUAUUGCACAUUAUAUUGACAUAUUGUAAUUGAAAUGAGAUUUUAAAAAGAUGAGAUAAAAUAAAAUGAGAUAAAAUAAGAUUAAAUGAGAUUUAAAAAAAAAGAUGAGAUGAGAUCAGCUGAGAUAACAAGAUGAGAUGAAAUAAAUGAGAUGAGAAAUGAGAUGAGAUAACAUUACAUUACAAAAAUACAUGAGAUACGAAAACUUAAAAAGAGAUGAAAUGAAAAACAGAUGAGACUAGAUGAGACAAGAUGAAACGAGAUACAGUUACAAUACAGGUACAUAAGAUAAGAUGACAUGAAAGUAGAGGAGAUAAGAUGAAAUAAGAUAAGAUGAGAUAAAAUAAGAGGAGACAAAAUACGAUGAAAUAAGAUGAGAUGAGAUAAAAAAGAUGAAAUGUGAUCAAAUUGAAUGAGAUAAGAUAAAAUAAGAUGAGAUGUGAUAACGUUACGUAUGAUGAGAUAAAUUAGAUGAGAUUAGAUGAGAUAAAAUACGAUAAAUCGAGAUUUAAAAACUAAGAUUAAAUAAAAUGAGUUGAGAUAAGAUAAAAAUGAGAUAAGAUAAAAUACGAUAAGAGGAGAUGACAAACGUUACAUAGGAUGAGAUAAAAUAGAUAAGAUGAAAUGAGAAAAGGAAGCUUAAGAAGAAAUGAGAUUUAAAAUACAUGAGAUGAGAUAAGGCAAGAUGAAAUAUGAGAGGAAAUGAGAUAAGAAAAUAAGAUACGAUGAGAUAAAAUAUGAAAUGAUAUGAAAUGAGAUAAAAUUAGAUGAGAUAAAAUAACGAGACUAGAUGAGAUGAGUGGAGAUGAGAUAAGAUGAAAUAAGAUAAAAUAGGAUGAAAUGAGAUAAAUUACGAUGAGCUGAGAAAAAAUAAGAUGAGAUGUAAAAUUACAUGAGACAAGAUGAGAUGAGUGGAGAGGAGAUAAGAGGAAAUAAGAUAAGAUAAAAUACAAUGAAAUGAGAUAAAAUAAGAUGAAAUGUAACAAGUUUGAACAAGAUAAGCUGAAAUUAAAUAAGACAAAAUCAGACAAGAUGAGACAAGAUGAAGCAAGAUUGAAAAAAGAUGAGAUGAGAUAAUAUAAGGUGAGAAUGAUGAGAUAAAAUACAAUGAAAUGAGAUAAAACAAGAUGAAAUAAGUUAAAAUGAGAUAAAAUAAGAUAAGACAACAUCAAAUGAGAUGAGAUGAGAUAAACCUCACAUAAAAUCGCCGUCAAACAGCCUUUUAGGAGCUUUUCUCCGGGCAGCAAUGUCUAGGAUGUUUAGGGCAUAAUAUUCUCCUGUUUCUACACAAAAUCCCUCAAGAAUAUCUCAUUUCAAACAGCUGUUCGCUGGAAUUUUCAAUCAAACACACAAGAGCAAAUUGUGUUGCGUUUAAGGACUAUUUUCAGCAGCAGAUUGAUCCACAUUAGAAGCUGUAGUGAGUAUUUCUGACAGCAGAAUACUGCAGCAAAACAAACAAAAUGCUUACUCUGAUGCCAUCUGGUGGUUGUAUCAAGAAAAUACACAGCAUCUGUUUAUUCUCCCUGAACAGUGCUGAUGUUUGGAAUCACAGAUUAACACCACCUAUGAUGAAGAAAAACAACAGCAUUUUUAAAUGAAAGUAAUAAGAUUUGCUCUUUUACUUGUUAGUGUAGAGUUAAGAUGAGAUUAGCUUAGCAUAAAGUCUGUAAAAUGAAGGAAACAACUAAACUGGCUCGGUUUAAAGAUGAUAAAAUCCACUUUUCAGCACUUCAACAUCUCACUUUUUAGAGUUUAGAGGGCAGCCUUUAUGUUAAACUAAGCUAAGCUAAGCUAAGCCUAUUUCAGUGUAUAAGCAGUUCAUUUAAGCCCUGGUGUGUAUUUUUAAGCUUGCAAUCGGUAGAAGUUAGUUUUUUAUUUAUUUGCUUAAUAAAUUUAUCGAACAAAGA